GUGCGCGCGGGGCCGGUCGGCCUGAGCCGAGCAGCGCCGUAGCCGCCGCCGCCCGCGCUCAGUGUCGGCUGAGGGGAGCGCGAGGCGGCCGCCGCCCGCGGGUCAGUGGCGGAGCGGGGGGGCGCCGUGGGAACCGCGGCCAGGUUGCAGGACCAGCAUGUGCUUCUAAGAGUUGAAGAGAUCUCAAAGCGCUUUACAAAGAGAUUCCCACUGCUGUGAUCAAUUUAGAAGAGGGUCUCCCAACCACUGUUAACAAAUAGUAUCCAUCUUCUGUGAAUCGAAGUGGGAAUUCCCAUUCUCACGAAUAGUUUUUCCUCUUCCACAUUUCUGAAUGGUUUAAUCCUCCACAGGUCCAUACAGACAUUAGCUAUCUUCCUUGCUCUACAGAGCUGCAAACAGAGGUAAGACCCAUUGUAAGGGAUCCAAAGACGUUCCUUCUAGAAGAAAGAAAACUUUUUAGAUAGACGCCAUCUACGCCAGUCAAGAAACCAGCAAAAGUAUUUCACAAUGGAUAUAGAUGAUGAAGAAAAUAUGAGAUCCUGCAACGAAGGCAUUGUAAGUUACUCUUUCUGGGCACCACAGGUUCAAGCAGCACUGAUGUUAAAGAAAACCGCAACAUGGACAACGUUCCACCUAAGGAUGGCAGUGUGCAAAAUACCGGGGAGGGGUCUCAACUCUCCAAUGGUGGUGGUAGCAGCAGCAGAAAACGCCCAUUGGAGGAGGGCAGCAAUGGACACUCCAAGUUCCGCCCUAAGAAGAGGAAGAAAACACCAGGGCCUGUUUUGCCGAAGAAUGCUCUGAUGCAACUGAAUGAAAUUAAGCCUGGUUUACAGUACAAACUUCUAUCCCAAACAGGACCAGUUCAUGCCCCUAUUUUUGUGAUGGCAGUUGAAGUUAAUGGACAGGUGUUUGAGGGAUCUGGCCCUACAAAAAAGAAGGCAAAGCUCCAUGCUGCUGAAAAGGCUUUGAGAUCUUUUGUUCAGUUUCCAAAUGCAUCUGAAGCACAUCUAGCAAUGGGGAGAACACUCUCUGUAAACACAGACUUUACAUCUGACCAAGCAGACUUCCCAGACACACUUUUCAAUGGAUUUGAAACACCAGUUCAGACUGACAAUUCCUUUUAUUUGGGGUCCAAUGGAGAUGGAUCCUAUAGCUCCAGUAUAGACUACAGUCUGUCCUCAUCCACUGUGGCUGGUAGUCUUAUCCAGUCCCCUCUUCCCACACCAUCACCAUAUCCAUCGACCAGUGGAAAGAACCCUGUGAUGAUUCUGAAUGAGCUGCGGCCAGGGUUGAAGUAUGAGUUUCUCUCAGAAAGUGGAGAAAGCCAUGCUAAGAACUUUGUGAUGGCCGUGGCAGUGGAUGGUCAAACUUUUGAAGGAUCAGGAAGGAACAAAAAGCUUGCAAAGGCUCGGGCUGCUCAGUCAGCUCUUGCGUCCUUAUUUAACAUGCAGCUGGAUCAGACCCCAUCUCGCCAGCCCAUUCCCAGUGAGGGUCUCCAGUUACAUUUACCACAGGUUUUAGCUGAUGCUGUUGCACGCUUGGUUGUGGAUAAAUUCAGUGACCUGACUGAUAAUUUCACAUCUCCCCAUGCACGUAGAAAAGUUCUUGCUGGAAUUGUCAUGACAACAGGUACAGAUGUGAAGGAUGCCCAGGUUAUAAGUGUUUCCACAGGGACAAAAUGCAUAAAUGGAGAAUACAUGAGUGACCGUGGUCUUGCAUUAAACGAUUGCCAUGCAGAAAUUAUAUCUCGCAGGUGCCUGCUUAAAUUUCUUUACACACAACUUGAGCUGUUUGUAAGUAAUAAAGAAGAUCAACAAAAAUCCAUCUUUAUCAAGUCUGAACGAGGCGGAUUUAAACUGAAAGAAAAUGUGCAAUUUCAUCUCUAUAUCAGCACCUCUCCAUGUGGAGAUGCUAGGAUUUUCUCACCACAUGAAGCAGCACAAGAGGAUCAAGGAGACAGACAUCCAAACCGUAAAGCAAGAGGACAGCUACGGACAAAAAUAGAAUCUGGAGAAGGGACAAUUCCAGUCCGAUCUACCACUACCAUCCAGACGUGGGAUGGAGUAUUACAGGGAGAGAGACUGCUUACUAUGUCUUGCAGUGACAAGAUAGCUAGGUGGAACGUGUUGGGUAUUCAAGGAUCCUUACUUAGCCUCUUUGUGGAGCCAAUUUACUUCUCUAGCAUCAUCUUGGGGAGUUUAUAUCAUGGGGACCAUCUAUCCAGAGCAGUAUACCAGCGGAUAGCAGAGAUAGAAGAUCUACCACCUCUGUAUACGCUCAACAGACCUUUACUUAGUGGUAUUAGCAAUGCAGAAGCCCGCCAACCAGGAAAAGCACCUAAUUUCAGUGUAAACUGGACAGUAGGAGACACUGGUCUUGAAGUUAUUAAUGCCACAACUGGCAAGGAUGAGAUGGGUCGUGCAUCUCGGCUUUGUAAGCACGCUUUGUACAGUCGCUGGAUGCGUAUUCAUGCAAAGCUUUCCUCUAGCCUGCGCUCAAAGAUCCUCAAACCGAACCUGUACCAUGACACUAAGCAGGUGGCCACUAAGUAUCAAACUGCCAAAGAGUGUUUGUUUAAAGCGUUCCUGAAGGCAGGGCUUGGAGCCUGGGUGGAGAAACCAAUAGAGCAGGAUCAGUUUUCUCUCACUGUCUAAUCCAUGGACUGCACAUCACUUUGGAACAAUUCUGGAAAUCCUGGCGUCCGGCAUCAUUUUCUGGCAUCAGCUGUCAAAGCAUCUUUUUGACACUUUGAAACUAACUAGCAAAUCGAUGUUAUGUUUUGCUCAAAUAUUGGAAGUCAAUGAUAAGUUGCUACAAUAAUUCUAUAUUUUGUUAUAAAAAUAAUUUUGGUUUACUUCUCUAGAAAAUCCUCUUACUGUAGAAAAAAAUUCAGUAAGGCUGUCUUUAACAGGACCAGAUGACUCAUAUUUUUCUGGGUUAGAAAUAAUUCCCUUUUUUAAUGCAAUAUAAGCAAGUGCAUGAAAACAUGUAGAUUGCAUUAGGUUUUACACCGCAUUUUUUUAGCCUGUAGCUUAAUUUAAUCAAAAGAAGCUACAAAGUUAAUUUCUGCUCUUCUGUUAGCGUGGUUUGUUUUGUUUGUUUGUUUUUUGUUUAAUUGCAGAGCAUAUAGGUGACAAAGUCAGAAUGGAUUUUGGACAGCUAGCUUUUCCCUUCUUCCUUGCUCUUUAAAACCAGCUGCUGAAAACUUCAUGUCUUUGAUGUAUGUAUUUAUUAGUCUGUGACCUGGUUUUUAACAUACCGCUUUUUAUUCUGUUUUUUAAAAUACAUUUACAUGCAUUGUGAAGUCAUCAUUUUUUACCACUGGAAACUGGAAACAAAAAAUAAGUAUUUGUAAGUUAAGAAAUUUAGUCUAUAGUGUACAAAACCUGUUUAGAAGUAGGCAAUUUGUAUAUCCCAGGAACUCAUGCAAACACCACCAUAACAUUAACAGUAAUGUGGCAACUUCAAAAAAACAGUUGUUCAUUUUGGGGAAAUAAUUCUGAUUUGCCAAAAAUAACCCAUUCAUAGAAUGUUAAUUACAGUUUUUCUCAAAGAAAUGAGAGGCCUAGUAAGGAUGAAAGAAUUGUUAAACUUCUUUUUUAUGGUCUUCAAAGACUUAACAACUGGACUGUUGUGUCCCCUGAAGAUUGUAUUGCCUGUAGCUUCACAUACAUGAUGAUCUAUAAAAGUCUUAGUUCUAAGUUUUGUUUGCUCUAGUAUAUAUUUAGAAUGGUAUUUUAUUUAUAAAAGCUCUUUUAUGUUAAAAUUUUCACAUAUGCUAGAUGUAAAAAUGAAAAAUAGCAGGGAAAAUACUGCCAGGUCUGUUAAGUCAGUGGGUGCAUAGACAGCACGUUUAGAACAAUUUGUAAGCGAAAUGAAAGUCUGACGAUGGAUUGGAGAAAUCCCUUUUUCUCAGCAUAGCAGGUAUAAUUCUCUAGUUCCAUCCAAUAUGUCUAAGUACAUGAUGUGACCUGUGUAUCAAAUAUAUUGCGUGGACAAAUUCUGAAAAACACCUCAAAGUAUUUUUAAGUCCUAUUUUUAAAAAAAAUUAAUUUAUAAUAGCAGUAACUACCUCAGCACCGGGCAUUUCCUGGAGAGUAGUGGCUCCAUGGAUGUUGUGGAAAGUGAUACAAAAACUCUUUCCAUCCAGUAAUCAAUACGCUGGAAAUGCCCUGUCCUGCAAUCAUUAUUGCUCAAUUAUGAAUCAAAGUGAAAAAAAUUAUCAAGACUAAAAGUUGCCUGAAUAUUGUACUAAACCUCCUAAUUAGAGUCUGAGUAGCAAUACAUGAAUGUGUAAAAUAAACUCUGGUAGGGGAAAAACAUUCAGAAUGUGUGAAGGCAAGUGAUGUACAUGCUCUUUCAAAAUACAAGAUUUACAUUGUGUCUGUCUUUGCAAAUGUCUUUGGCCCUCAACCUGCAAACACUUUUGCAAUUGCUUAAAGUUAAGCACAAGUAGACCCAGGGAACUGCUCAUGUGCUCAAAAUUAAACGUGUGCAUAAAUUUGCAGGAUUGAAGCCAAAAUGUGGAGAACUGCAAAUUAGAGCAAUUUGUGAACUUUCUAGCUGGUCUCACCAUGUGGAUUUUCUUGGAAUUAGUCUUACUAUUAAAUGAAAUCUCUGUUUUUAA